CCACAGCACCAACCAUUGUUGUUGGCGGCAAAUCACAGUUGAACAUACUUCGUCACGUGUCCUCUAUCACGCAAUGAGCGCCCGGACCCGCGACGGAAGUCUAGAUUCAUUUCCGGAGGUUGUUGCCGGAAAAAGGAAGUUGGAGCAGCUGGUAUCGUGUUGACAGUAUUGGCCUAUUAAAAAUUACAACUGUGAAUGGUCAAUUGCAUUGACCUCCAUUAGCCAUGGCUUAUCAACUGUACAGGAAUACAACACUAGGUAAUAGUCUUCAGGAAAGCUUGGAUGAGCUAAUACAGUCUCAGCAGAUCAACCCUCAACUAGCCCUUCAGGUUUUGCUACAGUUUGACAAGGCUAUUAAUUCAGCAUUGGCACAACGGGUCAGAAACAGAGUCAACUUCAGGGGAUCCUUAAAUACCUAUAGGUUUUGUGAUAACGUCUGGACCUUUGUGUUGAACGACGUUGAGUUCAGAGAGGUCACUGACCUAGUGAAGGUGGAUAAAGUUAAAAUUGUCGCUUGUGAUGGAAAAAACACCGGUUCAAACACUGCAGAGUAAGAGAAACCGAACAUUUCUCCAAAUGGUUUCUGUUGGUCACUGGCCUUUACA